UUUUAAAAGGGUCACCUAAGAAUUAUGCUGCCUUCCUUUUGAGCAAUGGCUCUACCAUAUAUUUUAAAGCUAUAUUUGUAAAAUAUUUGGGGUAUAAAUGAACAUAGAUAAUGAAUGUAUUAAUUUUAAAAGUACAAUGGGCUUGUUUAUAAAUCACUACUUAAAGUAUUAAUAUUUCAGUGUAUACUUGUUCACUUUCAACAAUUAUUUUUAUUGGAAAAAGUAGAAAACACAGGGAAAUAAUCAUCAGUUUUGUCAUUAAAAAUUUUAAUCAAUGGAUAUUAACUAUUAGGUAAAAGACUAUUGGAGAAUAGAUUAUCCAUACACUCCCAAAGAGGCUCCCCCCGGAUUAUUUGUUAAUUACAGAAAGGAAAAGGUACCUUUACAAUGGAGAAACCCAGCAAAUGAUCCUUAACCAAAUGAUCAAACUUAAUAUCACCAAUGAUGGAACAAAGUGACAUCACGUACCUCCCACUGUGAUGCACUAAGAACACAUCAUCACCUGUGUAAUAUUCUUGCCAAAAAAUGUUUAACCUAAUUAGGAGAAAACAGACAUAUCCAAAUUAAGGACAUUCUGAGAGGCCACUGACUUGUACUCUUCAAAAAUGUCAGUAUCACAAAAGACAAAAAACGCUGGAGAACUCCUUUAGAUUAAGAGAGAUUAAUCUCAAAGAAAUUAUAACAAAAUGUGAAUCUUGAUUGGAUCCUGGAUCUCCUCCCCUCAACAAGAAAGAAAAAAGCCACAAUACUGUAACAUUUAACUAUGCACGGCACAUUAGACAAUAGUACUGCACUGAACGGUAAGUAUCCGCGUGGAUUAUCGUAUUGUGGUUCAGUAGGAGAAUGCCCUUGUUAAGAGCCAGAUGUUGAAAUAUUUCGGGGUGAAGCGUCACUAUGUCUGCAAGUAACACUCAGGCAAACUGUGUAAGGACUACAAUUCUGUACCUGGUUGAAGUGUUCUGUAUCAACAUCCUGUCAACACCAUCCACAGGGUGGACAGAACAAGCAAAGCUGCCCUCUGUGUAGCCGAGGAGAAGCAGGCAGGCACACUCUCACCUCUCUGGGCGGCUCACGGAGCCCUGGGAGCUUUACGGGGCCCGCAGCAUCACGUGGCCCGAAGGACGAGGCUGCGGUCGCGCCUUUGCCGGCAGGACACACACACGCCCCCAGGUACCACACCCUACACACUUUACGGCAGCCACGCUAAGGCGUGAGCUUGAGGCCACAUCUCCGACCCAAGAGGCGCGCACGACAGCGGCACGUGCUGUCCGACGCCCUUUACGGCACGCACGCGGAGGCGUGAGGCCGCGCACGGACGCGCGUCGGGACAGGCUGCGGUUGCGGGUUGGCGCCUCACCUCCCUGGCGGCUGCUGCUUCGUGUGUUGGCGCUCCCGCGGCUCGGCGAUCAUGGCAGCCGUGGCGGCACUGUGGCGGCGGGCGAGGGACUACAUGAAGACCAAGGAGUUCCGGGAAUACCUGAUGAGCACGCACUUCUGGGGUCCAGUGGCCAACUGGGGGUUACCGCUGGCCGCCUUUAAGGACAUGAACGCACCGCCGGACAUCAUCAGCGGCCGCAUGACGACAGCGCUCAUCUUGUACUCGAUGGCCUUCAUGCGUUUCGCCUACCGCGUACAGCCUCGAAACUUGCUGCUGAUGGCGUGCCACGGCACCAACGUGGUGGCGCAGAGUGUGCAGGCGGGCCGCUACCUAAGUCACCACUACGGCGACGGUGCGGCUGCCGCCGCCACCACCGCCACCACCGCCGCCAUCACCAUGACUGUCGCCUACGACCCUGCUGAUGACAGCUGCCGCUAGAAGUUCGCGCUAGCCUCAGUCCGUAGUCCCCGAAACGUUGCUGAGAGGGCCGGAUUGAAGCUUUGCGGCUUGGAAGCACUGAACUGUUAUUCUUCCUAAAGAAAAGACCAGUGAACAGCUUGGUGUUGACACUGAAACAGUGCGAAUCUGAUUUAAACCUGCAGUUUGGUUAAUAAAAAAAUAGUAAAUAGCGCAUAACUGUUUAUGCUGUUGAGUGUUGUUUAUUUCGUGAUCUGGAAAGAAAAUGUUUUUUAGAAGGUGAGGGUGGAUUGGCGGGUCUUCCUCUUUACAAGACGGGACCUGCAACUCGAAGUUUAGUUUAUAUAGGGGAAGAACACUGUUUGAAUGAAGAUGCCUCAAAUUAUCUAACUCAUUGCUUUUUUUUUUUUUUUUAAAGCUCUCUUGGGAACAUGCUUUUGUUACUUGUUUUGGGUGUCCAGGCCAAAUAGGAGUGCUUAGUACUAAGCACACAUGACCUAAAACUUAGUAUGACCAUCAAUCUCUUUACACCAAAAAAGGCCCAGGGGCCAUUUCUACUGAGGGAAAUACUUUGAAGUGGGUUUAAAUGAAUUCAGCGAAAUACAGUUUAGACUUUUAAGGAGUACGUAUUAAGAGAACCUAGAAUCUCUUGGUGACCAAGAACAAUUAUGGAAUCUUUCAUGGGAACAGAAUAAACAACUCCAAGAUCAGUUGCUGUCAACCCUGGAUGCUAGGUCCUCUGGGUUUCCUGACGAAGCACAGGCUAAAAUCCAAGAAUUGCCUUAUCUUUGCAACUAUAAUGCUUAAACCAUUUUUGUCCUCUAAUUCUUUCAAAACUAUGAACCACCUAUUGCGUCCCAGGGAGAAGCCGAGAGAAAAUCACAGUGCUGGGUGAAAACAAGGCACACUGAGACGAAAGAGCCCUGUGCGGCAAGGAAACCCCUUCCCGGGCUUCUCCUGACCCUCCCCACUCACAAGGGCCACUGGAGGUGGAGCGGAUACCCACAAAAAUGGAGGCGAUAUUGUAUUCCAGAAAAUGACACAUAAGCCUUGCAGUUUGACCUUAUAUUAUUCAUGUCUCUUUAUUAUUUUGAAAUUAAAAAUUUUAAUUAAAAAAUCUCAAAAUACAUGAGUGCAUGUUUGUUGUAAAAAUUUCAUACGCAAGUAUACAAAAUAGAAAAGCUGAAUUUCUUCCACCCACCUCCCUCAACCCCAGUC